CUCAAGGAAAAAAUAGACAAAACACACACUCAUACAUACACACAAUAAAUAAAUACAUAAAUCAAUAAACAAACAUAUUUCUAGGGAAAAUGGCGGAAACGCUUGACUAGACACAUAUAAAGAAACAAGCCAUCCAGCAAAUCGGACACCAAAGCUAAUGACAGUUCUCCUAUGACUACAGAAACGACUGAAGCUAGAAACAGAUGACCCUUAUCGGUGCCAUUCGCCACAGCCAUGACAGUACUCCCAUUAUCUCCCUUUAGAAUGUGACAUGGCGUCAAAGCGGCAAAAGUUGAAACUUUCAAAACGAUCUACGAUUUCGGAAUGUAUUGACUCAAAACUUGACAGCUGUUCGUCUACGAAGGAUAAAAGUUUUAAUGAUACCUCAUGUAAGAAUGAUGGCAACAGUUCUUUUGAUGGCAGACAAAAUGAUAUUUUCAAGAAGUUACGGCAGCAGCUACAAGACCUUCAUGCUAAUGUGCAGCCACUUCAGUUCUCUACAUUCCCAGUUUUCAAGGUUAAUAAUAUUGAAUGCAGUCAUAAUGAAGCAUUGAAUAAUUAUGAAUCGAAAUGGACACCGUUCCCAGAAUUCUGUUCUAGCUGUGCUACAGAUGUUCAUUGUGGAAUCACAGAUCAACUAAAUGCUGGUUAUUCUGAAACAAAUGAAGCUUGUACCCUUUCACAACUUAUCAAUCAUUUCCACCAAGAAAAUUUAAAUAAUAACCAAUCAAAUUGCAUUGAAAAACUAUCAAAUUUCAAUCCAGGUACACCUCACCAACACAGUUUAGUUGACAUGAAGAAACCAGAUUGUAUGAUUAGUCCUGAUCUUUUCACUUGUCAAUCACCAGCGGAACAAGAGCCAAUUGUCAACAAAGAAACUAAUGGGAAAGCAGUGGCAAAGACCUUAUUUCCUUUGCCUAAUGCUCAAAACAGCAGUUCAUCAGACAAUAACCAACAGAAGAAAUCUUCAUUCAUCAAACAAUGUCCAAUCUGUCAGGAAGUUUUCUUACCUCGGAUGACACUGAAGGCAAGAAAUAUACACAUAGAAUUUUGUCUUGAUGCCACAAGUACUGAUAUCUGGGAAGAUGAUUCAUAAGUCACAAUUCGUGAAACCAUCAACUAGAUAUUCCUAACAAAGAAAGGUUUGUUCAGUAAUUCUUAUUUUUUUUUAUAAGAAGGCAGCAGCAGCAGCAGAUAGUGAAGAUAAGUACCAGUGACAAUCACUGAUUCUUUGCAGCCUCCCUUUCACCCUAUCUGUUUACAUCUGUGUACAUCACUUCUAAAAAUUAUGGCAAGUUUUAGGGAAUUACCAUCACUAUAUUAGAGGUCACCCUAAAACUGCAUACUGAAACUGUUACCAUUCUCUCUUUAGAUUGCUCAUUUCCCAAAUGUAAAAACUGAAUUGAGAUUAUUGCUGCAAUUUAACCUCAUAGUUAUAGAUUUACAGAGCUGGUAUCACUUACCUUAGUUUGUUGUAGAGUCAUCACUAUGAAACUCCAUUCCAUUCCAAGCUAAAAAAAUUACACAUUUGAUUACGUACUAUAAUCAUGGCUCAAAUUCAGAGCUGUUGCAGUUAUUCCUACACUUGGGACAAGCAAACACAACAACUGUAGAUAUUGCCAAACUAACCACCCCUCCUAAUUUAUUUGGAAUUGACUGUAAAAUAGCAUAAGCAAACAAAAAAUAUCACUCAGGUUGUAGGGAUCAAACUUGGUCCUUCUUUUUUCCUUGCAACAAAAGACUAUAAUGCAUU